AAAUUCAAUAAAACAACACACAACGUGACUUAGACAGCACAGUUUUAUCAAAAUAUAUUUAAAAAAACGUGGAGGAUAUUAUUGUUGUUGGUGGUACUGGUGCUAAUGCAAACACAAUCACAAUUUGUGCAAACGCAUACACACAUCGACAGUGACAAAAUGCAUACGUUUCACCAUGAAGAUCAUUCAUUGGAUUCAAUGACAUCGCUGCAUAUGUAUCCAUUUAUCAUCGUUGUAAUUGUGGUGUUAGCCAUCCUCGCCUUUUUCUUUGCACUCAUUUACAGCAUCGCCAAAUGUAUACACAAAUCACUGAGAUAUCGCUACCGAUUCGUCUCAUCGCCUGUAGUAGUAACGACUACAACGAUUCCUGUUCCAAGUGGUCCAGCUCCAAGUACCAUGCCAGGUUUUCAAUAUCCACAAUCACAACCCGGAUACCCUUAUCCACAAGCUGAAAUGUAUCCAAAUCAAGCGAUACCGCAACCGUAUGCAAUGCCACAACCCCAAGUUGAUUACAACCCACCGUCGUACGAUCAGGUCGUACGUGGAGGUGAAGCAUACCAAAAACAAGCACCAUACAAUCCCAACUAUACCGGACAGUAAUCGGUCACGGCAUAAACCUAAUAAGUGCAUCCGCUUACCAAGAUAACAAACUAAAUUAAAUGUAAUAUAUUUGAUUCAUUAAAAAUAGAUACAACACAAAAUUUAAUGUGAUUCACAUAAACGUAGCAAAUACACCAAAUUAAAAGUUA